UGUACAAGAAUAUGGUACGAUCAUCAAGGCGGCCACAGUCUUUACUGUCUAAUUCAUUUCAAAGUGAUAGAAAGAAGCAGAAGAUAUCUGAUCUUGCUGAUAACCCACUUUGUGUUUUAGUCACAAAAUGUGGUUUUAUUUUUUCCGAUAAUAUUAAUCAACCAAAUGAGCUAGGUGUCGAUCAAAUUAUGUUUCAAAAAGAUUUAUCGAAAGCUUUAAAGAAUAUAAAUGAAGAGUUAAAGUCUAAUCUUAUCAAUGGCCUUAUGGAUUUGUGGAAAGACCACAAAAGAUUUUGCUUUAGCUUGUUGCCUACAAUUUCAGCAGAUAUAUGUGUAAAUAGCUCUCGUGGUAAACAACAGGAAAGCUUUGUUCGUUUACUUCUUGGAAUUUCUUAUUUGCAGACUCCGGUAGCAAUUGCUUUACUUGAAAAAAUGCCUGAGAUAAGCAUAGAUGAGGAGCUGAUAAAGACAGCUGAGGAGCUAGGUGAUAUUAACCUUCAUCAAAGAAUGGUUGACCAAUUGCGUUGGUUAGAUAAAAUAUAUGAUAGCAAGGUACUUGUUGAAAAAGUCUUUGAAAUAAUAUCAAUCUCUGAUGUAAAUGCUCAACGUGAAAUUAUUUUAUGUGUGCCAGAUUUUAUGGAUGAAAGCAACCAUGAUGAAGUAGUUGGUAAUCUUCACCAAUUGCUAUGCAGUAACUCUCAAUUGACAUCAUCUCUUAUGGAAGCAUUUAGUUGCAUUAACUUAAAGACAAAUCUUCUUGAACAAGUUCGUGAUUCAGCUAUAAAAAUUUUAGAUUCUGCUGACAUCAGCAAUAUUGCAGGAAUUGUCAAAUUUUUGCAGCAGUCUCUAAAUGAUAAAAGUGUUCAUCAAAUUGUUGCUAAGAUACGUGAAAAAGUUGACUUUAACUCAUCAAGCUUAAGAUAUACUCCAGCUCAUAGAACAAAAGAAGAAAACAAUGAAAAACAACAUAUGGACGGCAUCUUUAAUGCUAUUAAAACUGGAAUUUUGUUUCAAAAGAUAAUUGCUGAUGAAUGGGUUAAGGUUCUGGAAUCAAUAUCAAACAGCAAAGAGCAGAAGGUUUUAGAUGUUUUUGUAUUAUUGGUGCUUGUUAGAAACAAAACAAAGAGUAAAGUCAUUGAAACACUUAUGCGUGCAAAGAUUAAAAAAAAAAUUUUCACUGAGUGCACUAUUGGGCUUGCAUUUAAAGAAUAUUAUAAUAUUUUUAGUGAAUAUCUGCACGAAAUCCUGUACUUGGCGGAAUCAUUUAUUAGAUCACCUGAAGCUAUUGUUUCAAGUUAUGGAACCUGUCUGUACACUAUGUCUUUUAUAUGUUUUAAUAAUGAGUCUAAGCAGAAAAUUGUUGAAGCUUUGGUCACGCAUAUUACUGGGAACACUCACAGUGCAGAGCUAGAGGUUGCUAUGUCCAUACUUUGCUAUCUAAUGUCUGAACAUUACGAAAAGAUUUGCUCAUUUGCAACUACAAUCAAGAAAAUUGGAGAGUUUAUUGAAAAUAUAUCUGUGUCACAAAUGAGAAAAUUGUUUUCAGUAUUAGCAAAAUUAUCUUAUGGAUCUGUUAAUUGUGAUUCAAAUGAUGAUCUUCAAGAAAUGAUUUUCAGAAAUCUAUCAAGUUCAAUAUGGCGUCUUAAAAGAAUUGGUAUAAUUGGAGCUAUGAUGGUUGUUGCAACUCUUGGUAAAAUUGCAAACGAUUUCACAAACGAGAAGAGUACACUAAAUGAAAGUAGAUUACUGGAAAAAAAUACAUUUAAUAAUAAAAAGGCAGUUCAAUAUUUAACAGUAGCUCAAGAAAGUGUUAAGGCCCAACCUGAAGCUUUGUCUUUAUUUUAUGAUGAACUUGCAAGUAUCGUCUUGAGAGAAAAACUGGAUCCAAAAUUGUUGGCUUGGAUAUCUGAGAAGACUUUUAUAGAUUUUCAGAAUGAAUUCCUAUUGGAUGUUGAAUUUAUAAAAACAAGCAAUGACCACCAGAUGCAACUUUCUUUUGAUUUGGAUCAUACAGAGGAAGGAGGAAUCUCUAUCAAUAUACUUCCUUUAAUUAUCAAUAAAAUAAUGGAUAAAAAUGGCGAAAGAGUUAGCUCGCAAGCAAAAACAAAAAAUAAGCUCAUUUAUUUACAUUCUCAUUUUCGUUUGAUACAAGUUUGUGAAAAGAAACAAAAUGGUAGUUUGGAUGGUAUUGAUGCUUUACUAGGCUGUCCAUUGGUUCUUUUCGAUGAGCGUACACUAGAAACAUUUCCAAUUAUGAAUGAACAAGAUAGAAUUGUUGUGUGCUCUACAUUUAUAAAUGCUAUUAACUGGUUACGUGAGGUCAUAAACGCUUUCACUAUUGAGUCUGCCAGUUAUGAAACACAAGUAAAGAUUGUAAGUCGCUUGAAGACUCUAGUAGCGUUAACAGAGACUUUGCAGUUGCAUUUAGUUAUUACUCCUAACUUUAAACUUCCACUGGUAGACUACAGCAUUGAUGAUGAUCUUUUGUCUAGUAUAAAGCCAAUCAAGGUUUUAGCUGAUGCAAAACUAUUCAAAAAACCUAAAAAAAGCAAACUAAAAAAAAAAGUUCAGGCAAAUGAUGAAAAUGAAGAUCCUGAAAAAAGUUCUGACAAGGAAGAUAAACUUUUUGAAAAUAUAGAAAAAGAUUCAAUCAACCAGUCAAUAUUGUUAUCAAACUUUCCAGCAUCUUUGAGGCCUUUGGAUUUAGAUAUAUUUUAUAUUCUAACAUAUAAAAAUGUUUUACAGUGUGUUGCAAAUAAAAUGAAAAAAGAUAACCAGAAGGAAGUCCUUUCCUCAAAUGAAAUAAUUUUUUUGUUGAAAGAUUUUCGAAUGAAGCUUGAACAUGCUUUACAAUCUAAUAAUCGAAGUUUAUUUUUAAAGCAAUCCAUCACAAAGUUAGUUGGGUUUUCAAAUUUACCAUGUGCCACAAAUGUCAUGAAGUUUUAUAUGAAGCUGCAACCUUCAUUGUUUAUUAUUUUUAAUAAUUGUUAUAAUUAUUUUGAGAAAAUUCUAUCAGAUAAUGAUGGUGUUAUAGAUUCUAAAGAAAUGAAAUCUCUAGAUACUAGACAGAUGCAGAUGAUAUAUCAGCUGCUUUUUGACUGUCUGCAUAUUGUUUUGCAAUGGGAUGGUUUUGAAACUGAGCUUAAUGAAGAAAGUUUAAUGAUGAUACUUCAAUGUUUUACAAAAAAUAAAGCCAAAAGUCCACUUCAAGAUUUAGCAAGAGAGUUCUUUCAAAGUAUUGUGUCAUUCAGUGCAACAGUAACAUCUAUUCAUUUGGCAGCCACUUUGCUGAAAAUUCUACUUUUGACUUUAAAAUGGAAUGUUGAAAAGGAGACAAUUAAAAAAAAAAUUAGAGAUAUUGCUGUUUCAUUCCUGGAAAAAUCUUGGUUUGACAAUAAUGGAGAAAAGGAUAAAGGACCGUUGUUUAAUACAAACCUUUCAUAUCUUAUCAAGCUCAGCAUAACUCUUUCAGAAGAACCAUUGACCGCUAUUAAUGAUAUAUGUAACAAUGUUUGCAAUGGACUAAUAGUGGACCCAGAAAAGAAAAAUAUUGAUGUGUUUAUAAAAAGUUUACCUUCAUUGACAAAAAAUACUUUACUAACUUGUUAUAAAUGCUUAUUUGAGGAGUUAAAUACUAUUACUAAACUUAACAUUUCAACAGUACUAUCAGAUGCAGUAAUGGCAAACAUGACAUCAGAUGCAAAUAUUGUGGAGAAAAUGGUUAAAGUAGAAACAUCAAUAAAAGUUUUUCAUGUUCUUGUUGACAUUGUCAAGAAUACAGAGAGUCACGCUUUAUUGGGUUCUGCAUUAAAAUACUCACGGAUUUAUCUUGAAACAUUUUUAAAGUAUGCAAUGCCUUUCCUUGAAAAGACUCUUCGUUUGCAAAAGGACCUAGUUCAUGCAAUUUUAAAAAAUCUUCAACAAAGUACACGCUUAUUGCAACACUUGUGUGGUCAUACAAAGUUUGAAAAAAGCUCAUCACUAACUGCAUUUGUCCCAGCCCUAAAGAAAUGUUUGGAAACCUUCGUAUACAGAGUAAAAGCCUUGCUUGCCUACAAUAAUUGCGAAAAUGCAUUUUGGCUAGGCAAUCUAAAAAAUCGUGACUUAAAAGGCAACGAGAUCUCAUCUCAGGUAGAAAGUAGCAUUGCAGAUGAUGAGUCGGCAACUGAGGUGGAUGAUGAAGAAAUAAUGGAUGAGGGUGAUGAAAACGAAAACAGUGAAAGUUUUUAAACUUUUAUUUUAAAGAAAUAUUAAUUGAUAAUCUAUAAAGAUAUAAAGAUAUUAAGGGUGGAAUGCAAGAAGCAAACUUGAAAUUUGAAGUCAUACUUCAAACAUAAAAUUCGACUUGAGUGAAUGUGUAGAGCAAACUUAAACUCAUGUUAUACUUAAAAACCGACCGUUUUCAAGUUAAACUUAAAAAUGCUACUUGAAAAAGCAAAAAUUGCUUCAAAGUUAAUUUUUGAAGGCUAACUUGAGAAAGUCAGACUUCAAAGUUCAAGUCGAACUUCACUCGAGUUCGCUUUUGGCAUUCCACCUUAAGUUACCAUGUUUUAUUAAAAUAAAACAUUGAGAGACUUGAAAGAAAUUAGGAUAUGUAAAAUUUUGUUAAAUAUUUAUACUUAAAAAAUAUUCAAGUUUAUAUAAUUAAAUUACUGAAUAUGUUA